GCUCGUGGAUGGAGAGCGCAACAAGUUUUAUUUGAUCCUCUCCGUUCUCUUGCCUUCGUGUAGACAGCUCGUCAACUCCGACAGCCGCUUGUCCCCUCAUAGUCUUUAAAAAAAAAACAUUUCUACUUUACACUACGGAUGUCUUACUUUCGAAGACCAUUAUGUGGACAUUCAUCCCAAUUCACUCUCUGAUUCUGCCGCGGAAAUGAAAUACUCUACAGCGUAGCUACGGCUUCCACGGCUGGCGAUAAUGAUGGAACACCAGGAGCACGGCGAUGAUAUCAGUGUCCUAAGCCAAUUGGAGUUGCUGGCAGAGGCCGCCAAGGAGGACGAUGGACACUGCCCACCACAGUUCAGGCUGCAGCUGAUUGACGACCUGACAUACGAAGAUGUGAAGAAAUGCUACAGGGGGUCGACCGUCAGCAAGUACAACUCCCAGUACCACAAGCUUUUCCAGACUGUGCCCAAGGAGGAGAUCCUAAUGAAAGUGUAUUCCUGUGCUCUCCUCCGAGACAUCCUGCUUCAGGGUCGCCUCUACAUCUCCCGCAACUGGCUGUGCUUCUAUGCCAAUCUUUUUGGGAAGGAUAUCAAGGUUGCCAUUCCGGUCGUGUCAGUGAGGCUGGUGAAGAAGCACAGGACAGCAGGCCUGGUACCUAAUGGGUUGGCCAUCACUGUGGACACCAGCCAAAAGUAUGUGUUUGUGUCCUUGCUGUCCAGAGACAGCGUCUACGAUGUCCUCAAGAGGAUCUGUACACACCUUCAGGUGAAUGGGAAGAAAAGCCUUAGCCUGAAGCAGUACCUGGAAGAGCCCAGCUCACUAUCCAUGGAUGAGUUCCCAGUGGUCAAUGACUUCCCUCCUGUGUUGAAAUGGAGAAGGAAGCCGUCCAUUCCUUCUUCCUCUUCUCUCCCGGACCUCCUGGGUAACUCCACCAGCAGCCUGAGUGCAGUGGACACACCUUUCCUUCCAACAGAGGUUCCACUAACACUCAAGAGUAAGAUCAAAGACCGGGGUCUAGAGACAGAGAAAAUCCAUCUGACAGAGCCAGUACCAGAGCUGGGCCAAAUGGAGUAUCAGCUGCUCAAGUUCUUCAUCCUGCUCAUCAUCCUUCUCAUCAUGUCCUCCUGCUACCUGGCUUUCCGUGUUUGUAGUCUGGAACAGCAGCUCUCCUUUCUUAACACACACCCCACGCUGCCCCUGAGAGAGAGGUGACCUUGGCCACCUGCCACAUUGGAUGAUGGACUGUCCCUCACGGAGGUUCUCCAAGGGAUUGGGCAAAACAGAGAAUCGGUUCAUACCCCGGUUCCCUCGGUCCCGCCCUGUAGGUGUGGAGAAGUGCCCUGCUGGUACAAUGAGAAGACAGUUACUUGAGACCUGUGGCGCCGACGGUGUAACACACCGUUUUGGAACGUUUAGAUAGAAAUAUGCUACGAAGGAACAUGGAACGCUGACAUGUAGAAUAAGGAAUCUCUUCUCCCUCUGUUUGUGGUCUUUCUGUGUGUGAUGUUCUGAACAUGGCCCUAAAGAGAAAACCAGCACUUAAAUCCACAGCCCAAUAGGGGGUGUCAGUGUGCCAGUAAUCCUCUCGUCAUUCCCCAGAAAGGCUAAGGACUCCUGGUCCAAGACACUAGGAUGGAAGAGGGCUGAACGUGGAGGACUUCUAGAGUUGAUGUUAAUGGGACCAUGCCAACCAAGUUCGCCUGACUUCGACCUUUAACCUCAAUGUCCUUGUUUUACUCUGAUGCUGCCAAGAAACUUCACAAGAGACUGGAGCCUUUUUUUUUCAGAAUCAGGGCAAUUUUUUAACAGACUGCACCCAGGGGGUUGUUUCAUACAUACACUUUAAUGGAGAGUUGACGUGAUCGUGACUUAAGAUGAAGGCAUUCCGAUCUAAACCUGACCUGCUCAAGCAUUUCUCCUGGGAGGCCAAAGUUUACCACGCACAAACGCUGAGAUGGGAACGCUCAUGAAACAUAUGGAAUAAUAGGAAACAUUUCAAUAGACAUUUCUAUGAGUUAUGGCGGAAUUAUAGUUGGGAAAUGAAAUCCUGGUACUGUGUGGGUCAGGAAGUGAAAGGUGUGCGUGUGUGUUGUACGAAUGAAUUCACCAUUUUUGUCUGUGAUUUAACAAGUGGCUACGACUGUGUCAAGUUCGCAAGUCGCUGCUGCCCGACAGUCAGUGAUUGCUGCAUGUUGUGUAAAACUAGAUACUGACUGAUUAAUCAAGGCAUUGUCUGUGACACUGUUGCAUGUUUGUAUCCCACAGAAUGGAACUAUUAUUUGGGAGUGAACACUGAAAGAAAUGAAGGUGUUGAGAGAGAGAGAGAGAUGCAGGUUGAGAAUGAAUGUCCUCGCUGUUCACUUGUCCUUAAUGUGUGGAGGUGUUGGGUGUGUACAACACAGACUGUACAGGACUUGAAACGGAAAUAACGCACUUCAGUUGUUCUAAUAUAAAACAUAGGAGAAUGUUAUAGCAAAUGAUGUAUUUAUGUAAUCCACGGUGUGAAAAAGACGUCCUCCACUUGGACUACUAGGUGCACCUUUAAAGCGUGUCUGAGGUUGUGCUUAGUGAAAUUAGUAGACUAGUGUGUCCUUUCUAGCCAAGUCCAUAUGUAUUUAUUUGUGUGCAAGUUUGUACUGAAUCAGAACGGCAUGUUGUUUUUAGUACGUCGGUAUGGGUCUUUCUUCACUGGAGUAUUUUUGACCAGGGUAGUGUUCAUUUGGCUCCAAAAUGGGAAACAGCCUGAUUGGAUCUACUAGAUUUGUUAAAUCAGAAAUGGUUAUUUUCUGUUGCAAAACAUUCUAGAAUGUAUGAAUAAGACCCUGUCAAAGCGGUAGGGCGGGAGUCACAGCAGUAGGGCGGGAGUCACAGCAGUAGGGCGGGAGUCACAGCGGUAGGGCGGGAGUCACAGCGGUAGGGCGGGAGUCACAGCAGUAGGGCGGGAGUCACAGCGGUAGGGCGGGAGUCACAGCAGUUGGGCGGGAGUCACAGCGGUAGGGCGGGAGUCACAGCGGUAGGGCGGGAGUCACAGCGGUAGGGCGGGAGUCACAGCGGUAGGGCGGGAGUCACAGCCGUGCCACGUGUAACUGAGACAGUGACUAAUAAACAGCCUUUUUGCUUGUGCCUGGUGUGACCUUUGAACUCUUAUGCCUAUAAACAUACAGUAUAUUCCUCCUCCUGACCAACAGUCUAUUUAAUGUCUAGGGCUGAUGUCAUUAAAGUAUGUGAGAUAUUACUUGGGAGAGACUAUGAUAAAACAAAGCAAUUAUGUUUCUUAUCUACAUUUUAUGGUUGGGUUAAAUGUAUUUGCUGUAUUUUUUGCACACACACGUCAUUGACACCGCAGUUCAAAACUUUGUCAGCAACAAAUCUGUUUGAAUUAGUCUUGUAAUAUACAUCAGUGGAGAAUGGGCUGCCGGGUGGCUGUGUUGUCCAUAUUAGGACAUCAGUCACUCAGUUGGGAAUAUGGCAUUGGCUGAGUGUUACUCCUUGGCAUCCAGUCCACACUUCAAAUGAAUCUAAUGAAAAUACUUCUGGUUAGGCCUCAAAGCCUUUAUCACUGAUAACAAUGUUAUAUUUCAUACUGUCUGUCAAAACACUAUGAGCAUUGCAGUUAAACCAUAAUGGUAACAACACAAAUGUUGGUUUUCCACUUGUGGAUCAUCAGGCACUUCAUUCAGAUUAAUUGUUUUACUACGAAUAAGGGCUACGAAAAAUAUUUUCACACUGUUCACAAUCUAAUAAUGUCUUCCAGUUCACGUCAAUAUUUGUGCGACUAGUUCCGAAAAGAUACUGCUCUACAUCCAGUCCACUGAGCCUGUUGCAAACUGUGAAAUGACAUCACAUUUUAUACAAAUUUAGUUGGCUAUAACUUAUAUUAUGUGUGUUUCUAUUUCUGUAUAUAGAGUAGGUUGUGAGGGGUUUAUUUUCAGAAGUUGGCUACAGUAGCGACUCGUGCUUUUAAAAAUGUAUAAUUCCAGGGCUUCAGUUUCUGUCCGCUCACAUUUCUGCAAGAUAUCUGUCAGUGUCAGGAAUGGACACCAGUCCAGCUGACUCGUAAACAAGGCCAGCUACAUCAGUUUACUAGCUGGUUAGAGUGCAGAAAGGAAACUCCUGGUGUACUGAUUUAAUAUUAUAUUGCAAACCUCAUGCCAAGUCUCUCACCAUACUCAUCUGCAUUGAGACCAUGUUGGAUAUUAACACCUGAUUCGACCUUUACCUUUCCCAGAGCUAAACAUUCACCCAGCCCCACCCUUUAUGUUUUUCCUUACACACCCAUAAGAUCUUGCUGCACAUUUGGAAAAGGCACCACUGACAAACUAAGGACGGAAAAUAGCAGGGGUUUCAUGAUCGGUUACAACGCAUUACAUACCCAAUGGAAAUACAAUCCCUGUUUUCUGUGGAUAUAUAUUAUUAUAUUAUUCUGCAAAAGCAGACCCUAACUCAAACUAAGUAGAUCUAGUUGAUAUAGAUGGUUAUUAUUAUAGGCUUAUGGAACGUUCUGUGGCUAGUCUAGACAUGGGUUAUUGGCUGUCCUGCGGUUUGUGUCUGUAGUGCAUUCAUCCGGCGUCCAAUACAGUGCUGGGUUUUGUGAGUUACUAUCUGCAGUCCACUGGGAACUGGGAAUACUGCAAGCAUCAACAGUAUGGAGGAAACAUUUCCAGCCCACUUGUGUGAAGUUGCCUGUGUCACAGCUGACAAGAACCACACUUUGGCCGGGAUUUGAGCUAAAUGAAAUCAAACCUUCCUUGAAAUAUUAAAACGAAAAAGCUUUUCUGCUUGUCAAAUUAUCUCAGAUGGGUCUUGGGUACUGUGUGAAAACAUACAACAUGACCAGGAUCAGGAGAAAAUAAUCUAAAGAAAGGCAACUGGGUACACAUUGCUAUGGCAGGUUUGAAUGAAUCCCAACCUUAGUCAAACCAGUUACAGCAUACUAUACAUUAUGUGUUUCACAAACCUCACCUUCUAUGCACACUGUCUUCUAAGAAGUGAAAGCAUGCCUUUGCAAAGCCAGUGGUUGUACGUUUUUAAUGAGUACCUGACAGCAGUUAAUGACCUUACUUUACCAUGGAAAAAAAGGGCAUGUGUGUCACAGUUUGUUUGGAACUUGGGUCCAUAUGACUCCAUCACACUAAAAGUUAACACUUUAAAUUAGUUUACAUUCAUGUUGUAUGUGGCUGUAUACUGUGUUUGUGUUUUGUGUGUUGUAUUCUCAAUCCAGGCUUGGAAAACCACUAGGUAGCGCUCCAGAAUAUAGGUAGCACAAUAAAAUUGCCAUUUCAA